AUGUCUCUGCAGGUCAAUCUGUCGAGCAGGGACCUCAGCGAGGCUUACGAGAACGUCGUUCACGCCCGCGGCAUUGAUUGGGCUCUCUUCACCUACGACAAGUCCUCGAAUGAUCUCAAGGUGCAGUCCGUUGGAGAUGGUGGUCUCGAAGAGCUCCAGGAGGAGUUCUCGGAUGGAAGGAUGCAGUACGCGUUUGCACGCGUCAAGGACCCCAACAGCGGGCUGCCCAAGUUCGUGCAGAUCAACUGGUGCGGCGAUGGUGUCCCCGUCGCCCGCAAGGGUCUCUUCCACACCCACUCCAGCGCCGUCGCCAACUUCCUCCGCGGUACGCAUGUCGUAAUCAACGCCCGGAACGAGGCCGAUGUUAGCCCAGACUUGAUUAUGACCCGCGUUGAAGCCGCAUCUGGAGUCAACUACUCGUUCCAGAAAGAGACUGCGCGCAAAUUCGAGCCCAUCGCGCCCGUUGGGACCAGCUAUACCCCCGUCGGAAAGGUCGACAUGGGCGCGCUUCGCAAAGGUCCCACCGCAUCCCCUGCCGCCCCGCCACCUGCUCCCGCUGCAGCGCGGCCUACCCCCAGCGCCACCCGCGCUGUGCCACUCGCGCCUUCGCCCGCGCCCGGACUUGGGAGGGCCCCCAUCGCGAACAAGGCUCCCGCCGACGCGUGGCCAGAAGAGGACAAUAGCUACGCUCCGCCUCCGCCGCCCCCGGCCGCGAACCGUCCUGUCCCUACGUUUGGCGCGCCCAAGCCUGCUGCAUCUGUCGCUUCGAGGUUUACCCCCGCAGCGCCUGCAGCGCCCACCCCCGUCGCGGCGUCCAACACCCCUACAAAGCCUACAGAAGAUGACGAUAAGAUCGGCCCUGUCGGGACCGCGUACACGCCCAUCAAGCUCCAGCCGAAGAAGCUCGUGAACCCCUUCGCGGCGAAGCAGGCUCAGGCUCAGGCGGAGCCCCCCGCGCCCGCGUCCAGAGGGCAACCCGCGGGCGGCGCGAAGAAGCUGACGUGGAGCGAGCGUCAGGCGCUCGCGAAGAAACAGCAGGAGGAAGAGGAGGCCCGCGCAGAGAGCGCGCUCGAGUCGGUGCAGGCGCCGCCUGCGCCUGCGUUCCGCGGCGUGCCUCCCCCGCCGCGCGCGCCUUCGCCGCCGCCUGCGGAGGAGGAAGAGGAGUAUGCUCCUCCUCCACCCCCUCCCGCCCCGCCUGCGCUCCCCAGCGCGUCGCGCCCCGUGCGUGCCGCGUCGCCGGAGUUUGAGGCGCCACCUCCUCCGCCCCCUCCGCCUCCACCGCCUCCCGCUGCCGCCCAGUAUGCUCCAGAGCCAGAAGAGGAGGCCGCGCCGCCGCCCCCGCCUCCCCCGCCGCCUCCGCCCCCGGUGGCUCCUGCUGCACCUGUAAUAGCUGCGGCUGUACCAGAGCCCGAACCUGCGCAUGCCCAGGGCCAGGGUAUCUGCGCCAUCGUACAGUUCGCGUACGAGGCGCAAGAGGACAACGAGAUGAACCUCGACGAGGGCGAACUCAUUGAGCAGAUCGAGCAGCUUGAUGAGGGCUGGUGGUCUGGCGUAGGCGCUGGAGGCGCUAAGCAGGGUCUCUUCCCUGCGAACUACGUCGAGAUUGUUGAGCAAGAGACAGCUCGGGCAGCGACACCGCCCCCGCCUUCUCCGCCUCCGCCCCCUCCCCCGCCCCCACCUCCGCCCCCGCCCGCUGCUGCCGCACAUGCCGAGCCAGAGCCGGCUUCGGAGGAGGACCUCGGCUCGUGGGCUGUCGCUCUCUACGACUACGACGCCGCGGAGGACAAUGAGCUAUCGUUCAAAGAGGGGGACCGGAUCACGCAGAUCGAGGCCGCGUCCGAGGACUGGUGGCAGGGCUCCGACGCGCACGGGAAUGUCGGGCUGUUCCCUGCGAACUAUGUGGAGCUGCAGGCUUGA